AUGCAUAUAUCUAGCAAGUAUGCGGUUGUCACAGGCUCGAAUCAGGGGAUUGGAUUCGGAACAGUUAAGAAGUUGGCAGCAAAUGGGAUCAUGGUGGUGUUAACUGCUUUAGAUGAGAAAAUGGGUCUUGAAGCUAUUGAAAAUUUGAAAGAGUGUGGCCUCUCUGACCUUGUGGUUUUUCAUCAGCUUGAUGUAACGGAUCCUGCUAGCGUUGCUUCCCUAGCAGAUUUUGUCAAAACCCAAUUCGGGAAACUAGAUAUCUUGGAACUUCCACAGGUAAACAAUGCAGGGGUUAGAGGAACCAUUGUAGACCCUGAAGCUUUCAGAGCUGCUGUAGCUUCUGGUGUUGGUAGGGUUGAGUAG